UGGAUGGAUCUCAACCGUUGAUGAAGGUAUCGAAGGAACGAGACAAAGGAAUACGGGAAAGCAAACCCUCGCUUCCUCACCUUCUCUGCCCCUCCCCAUCUGCAACCCUACCUCCUUGACCUCGUCUUGCCCCCCGGCUUGGCCGCUUCCUCCAGAUACAGAGACAGAGAGAGAUAGAGAAAGAGAGAGGACGAUGAAUCCUCUGACGCUGGUGAAGCGGACGCAGAAGGUAAAUUCGGCGGAGGCCGCGUUAGGGAUUUCGGAGGAGGCAUCGUGGCACGCCAGGUACAAGGACUCCGCCUAUAUCUUCGUCGGUGGCAUCCCCUACGACCUCACCGAAGGCGACCUCCUCGCCGUCUUCGCCCAAUAUGGGGAGAUUGUUGAUGUUAACCUUGUUAGAGACAAGAGUACUGGGAAAUCCAAAGGUUUUGCCUUCUUAGCAUAUGAAGAUCAAAGGAGUACAACUCUCGCUGUAGAUAACUUGAAUGGGGCCAAGCUUCUUGGUCGAAUUGUAAGGGUUGAUCAUGUUAGUAAAUAUAAAAAAAAGGAAGAAGAAAAUGAGGAGAAAGAGCUACAGAAGAGGGAGGCACGGGGUGUUUGUCAUGCUUACCAAAGAGGUGAGUGCAAUCGAGGAGCUUCAUGCAAGUUUUCACAUGAUGAACAGAGCACAGACUCAGCCUGGGGUUUGUCAGAGAGCAAUUCAAGAUGGGAUCAUGACAGGUAUGAGGAUCCUCCUAAGAGCCAUAAAAAUUUCUUUCAUGGUACCCCAGUCCGGACUUGGCAGGUAAGAGUAGAAGAGGGUAAGUCAAAAUCUGAAUCAACAGAUAAAUAUGGCUACCCGUCAAGAUCAGAGGCAUUUGAAGAGUACAGUGAUGACCAGCGAAAACAGAUUGACUUGAUUCUGAAAAAUCAGGAACGACAAGGGAGUGAGCAAUUCAAAGAGAGAUUGAGGGAUGAAAGAAAACUAGAAGAUGAUAUGGGAAUGCAAAGACAGGAGAAGCACAUGGGAAGCCGCAAAUCAGAAGCAAAUCAAGAAGAUGAUCUCUUUCGAGGAACUAACAAAAGGGCAAGACAUGACAGAGAUUCUUCCUCCCGUUAUAACAAAGGGGAAGAACAGCACAGGAGAUCACAUAGAUAGAACAUCUUUUGACAGAUUGUUGGGAGUUCAUCUGGGUUCUGCUUGUCUUCACUAAUUUUUCUUUUCUGCAUUUUGGUCGUUUCUCAUACAAAAAUUGUGAUAUUUUUUAUUCUAAUAUAUUUCAUGAUAUUGUAUAUAGAUUGCAUUGGACUUGUCGUA